UCCUCGUUCAUCCCCCACACUGCCCCACACAUCCAUCGCCGGAUUCGCCUCCGCCUCUCCCUUCCUCUCGUCGGCGGCAGCAAGCGGCGGCGGCGGCGGAGCUCCGGAUUCGAGGGGACCAAGCAUCGCCUGCAGAGGAAUCCGCCUGAAGGAUUGGACUUCGAUUCCGGGAGGAUCCCCGCCCGGAUCCGAAUUUUGGCCGACCGGGAUCCCCGUCUCCUCCGCCGAGAUGGGGAGCACCUCGUCGAUGCUGACGCAGUACGACAUCGAGGAGGUCCAGGACCACUGCGACCACGCCUUCUCGCAGCAGGAGAUCGUGUCGCUGUACCACCGGUUCUGCCAGCUCGACCGGAAUGGGGGCGGAUUCGUCUCCGCCGAGGAAUUCAUGACCGUCCCCGAGUUCGCCGUGAACCCUCUCUCUCAGAGGCUUCUGAGGAUGCUCGAUGGGCUGAACUUUAAGGAGUUCGUGGCGUUCUUAUCGGCGUUUAGUCCCCGCGCAAGCCUGCAGCAAAAAAUUGAAUGGUUUAUGACACUGACUGCAAUGGGAAGGUGGCAUUUGAUGAUAUCUUGAGCAUCUUGCGGGAUCUGUCUGGUUCUUUUAUGACUGAGCAGCAGAGGCAGAAAGUUUUGAUCCAUGUUUUAGAAGAAGCUGGCUAUACAAAAGAUUCAAAUUUUACUCUGCCAGACUUUAUGAAGAUUCUUGACAAUUCUGAUGUGAAGAUGGAGGUUGAAGUUCCUAUUGACUAAGUACUUGUGUCAUUGUUCUGUGCCCCGGCAUGUAUGUCAGCUUGAGAAGAUGGAUUAAUUAGACCCUACUAGUACUUUUUUUAUCAUGUAUUAAGCUGUAAUUAGUGAAACAUCUGUAUUUGAUCAUUUUCAGGCUUAAUUAACUUUUACCACCCGUGCAUCCUAUGACCUUUCAGGUACUGUUACCCUGUAAGGUCCCCUUCAUUUUUUCCUAACAUCUUUUCAUAUUGAAAACGUCUGUGAUAUUAUGGCUUAUUAAUCCUUUCUAGUACCUUCCAUUAUGAGUGAAAAAAAUGUUCUUUGUUCUCUCGCAUCGAGGAUAUCUGCAAAUUGGAGCAGGAACAAUUUGGGCUUGCUUGGAUCAUUGUCAAUCCAUGCCUUACCAAAAUAUUGGCAUGCUAAAUUUUUUUUGGUGGAGUAUGAUUGGUUGGUUUGUUGCCAAGUUGUUUGAGCUCAUGGUUCUCUUGCCAUUUUUUUUUGAUCCCCAGAGGCCCAGUUCAAAUGCACGUCUAGCUUCUCCAGCUACUAAUCUUCUGCAUGGCAAGUUUAGAGGCAGUAAUCCAAAAACAAGCCCUUUAUCUCGUCGUACAAUGGGCAAUGCAACAAUAUUCAUUUCUCUAGGUCAAUAUGGCUAACCAAAGGUGGCGACGUUAGCUUAAAUGUUAACUUGCUAGACUGAAAUAACAUGCCAGUAUGAUCAGCACUACUCCAUCCGUUUCAUAAUAUAAGUCAUUUUAGCAUUUCUCACAUUGAAAUGCUAGAAUGACUUACAUUGUGAAACGGAGGAAGUACCAAAAAGUCACUGAGGUACAAAACCAUGUUGGUCUAACGUGUUUCCGACAGGACAUGCUGCUCUGGCUUUUUAUCUGCCAUCCUCAUGUUUGUUGGUAUUCCAGGCAGACUGGUGAAGAGUAAAUAGGUUUGCUCAGCUCAGAUGACUCCAAAUUCACAUCCCAAAAAUAAGGAACACCUUCCUGUCUUUCUCCCUCUAAAGUUGAGGUCAUCAAUGUUUUCUCCUAUUAAUAGACGCUAAGCUGAUUACCUGCACUUCUCCCUAGCAGGGAGGAAGGAAUGGCAGAACCAUUGGAGAAUUGGAUCUUUGGCUCAUCGUUGGGGGGUUUCAAAUAUCGGUUCAAUAGAUGAAUUUAAUAGAUUCUAAGGCAAAUAGUAAACCAUAUACUAAUCAGAGCCUUUGAGAAAGAUGGCAGAAACUGAAGAUACUCAGUUACAAAAAGCAAUAUUCGCACAGUACAUUAUGAUGAAGAAGUUAUUCAUGGAGUUGGAAGAGGAGAGAGAAGCUUCAGCAACUUCUGCAAGUGCAGCCUUGUCAAUGAUUCGAAAGCUUCAGAAGGAGAAGGAGGAGCAGAGGAUGGAAGCAUGGCAGUACAAGAGGAUAGCUGAGGAAAAGAUUAGCCACAGUGACAAAGCACUGGAGAUUCUACAGGAAGUCCUUCAACAGAAGGAACUGGAGAAUUUUUAUCUGAGAAACCAAUUGCUGGUGUAUAAACACAAGCUAUUGGAUGUUGGUAUUGAUGAGUGUGAUAUUGCAGACGAGACGAUAACUAACAAUAUACCAUUAUUUGAAAGCAAAACCGUGGAGAAUCUUUGUCGUAGCAUCAAAAGGAAUUUCUCUCUGCCAACUUUGCAGAUGAAGAAACUUUUUGCCGAAAAGGACACCGACAGAAAUGUUGAAUCAACAAAGAGCAGAUUAGGUGGCUUUGUUUGUAAUUUGAGUGAAGAUGAAUUGAAGCAUAUUUCUGGAAAUGCUAGUGACUUCAAGGCUCUAGAGGUUCAGAAAAGCUUGCUGACAGAUGGGGAUGCCACAGAAGAACAUGGAGAAGAACCAAAUCCUCCAAGCAGUGAUCUUUCUCAACAACCUCAUCUCUUGGAAGAGUCAAGUUGUUCCUCCUCGUUGUUGAGUAAUCAUAGAGAUACAUCCAGUGAAAGAGCAAUACAGGUUGGGGAAAAUGCGGAAGAUACACGACAUGGUGAUCAACUCAAGCAGUCACAUUCAGGCAUUGGAAAGGAAGAAGUACAAUCACAUCCCUUGGAAGAGUCAUCAAGUUGUUCCUCGUUCUCCACAUCGAGUAAUCACAGAGAUAUAUGCAGUGAAAGAGAAAUACAGGUUGGAAGAAACGCAGAGGAUGCACCACAUGGUGAUCAAACCAAAGAGUCACAUUCAGGCAUUGAAGCGGAAGAGGUUGCAGUUCAUCCUAUAAGUGACAUCGUUGACACAAUCAAGAUUCAAGAAAGAAGCCAAGGAGUAGAAGAAUCCUCAUGCACUGCAAAUGAAAUCAUCACAAAGGAGUCAGAACUUUCUCCCAAGGACGUUCCGAAAGAGCGGCGGCCUCAGGCUCUAUCCAAGUUAUCUGCAACAAGAAAAGUUGGCUCCAUGAACAACCUCUACAGGAAUGUCCAUGUAAUCACCGAUAAGAGUUCGACGCCACGAGGAAAGAAUUCAACGCCACGAGCUGGCACUGAGAGGACCAGAUCAAGGCUGAAGCGGGUGCAGAGCGAGAAGAUGGUUGAGAUGAAUGACACCAGGAAAAACAAGGAGCAGAUCAUAAUGCUCAAGGAGGUGUACGAGCAGCUUAACAUGAUAGAAUCGCACAUGAGGCCUUCGACUUCACAGGAGACCCCUCGGAAUGACCAAUCCUUGGAAUCUGUCUUGGAGGCGGCUCUGUCCUUCUCCUUAUAGCUAGACCCUUGUGGCCUCUACUCUACCAUCUGAACUUCUGAAGCAUAUAUUCAGAGGCCACCUCCAGUUUUGAGGCGGCCAUCUAUCAGGAACAUCUCUUCCAUGAAUACCCAACAAGGGGAAAUGCAUAGAGUUUUUAUAUGCAGUGUAAAACUGCAAACUCCCAUGGUGGCGUUCUUUGAGAAGUCUCAUACACACACUCAUCUAUCAAGGCCUCCUUCGAGCGGAGGAUUUUCGAAGAAAUUCUGCAGGAAUUGAACUAAUUCCUGUAAAAUUCUGUGAAGUUUUCGCGUUCGGGAGUCCAAAUAGAAAGAAAUCUAGGUGUUGGGUCUGUGGGCUGUGGCCUGACGCCCCACUUCGGCAACCAGGCAUCCGUUGUAGCAACGUUCUUUUCACAGUGGCAGCGGCCAAUGCAGCCGUUAUGUUACUUGUGUGAGAAAGUUUUACGGUUCUACAGAGACAAUUUUUUUUACCUUAUCACACUAAAUAUAGUUAAUGCCAUUUCUCUCUUCUCUCGUUGAGCUAUAUCAUCUUAAUUAUUUAUGGUCUAA